CUCUUUGUCAUCCACGCAUCUCCCUUGGUUGGCUUUGCCAAGUCAGCAUUCAAACAUCUCAAAGCUAAACAACGCAUUUACAAAUUUUCCCAAACCAAUUUCCUUCAGCCAAAGGAAAAAUAAAUAAAUAAAAUUAACAAAAAACGUUCAGUCUAUCUCUCUCUCUCUCUCUUUUGAUACGUUGUGAGAUCGAUCUAGAUAACGAUAGUUCGCCAUGAAUCCUGAGUAUGACUAUCUGUUCAAGCUUUUGCUUAUCGGUGACUCUGGUGUUGGAAAAUCAUGUUUGCUUCUAAGAUUUGCUGAUGAUUCUUACCUGGAUAGCUACAUCAGUACCAUUGGUGUUGACUUUAAAAUCCGUACAGUCGAACAGGACGGAAAGACAAUCAAACUCCAGAUCUGGGACACAGCUGGUCAAGAACGUUUCAGGACUAUCACCAGCAGCUACUACAGAGGAGCUCAUGGCAUCAUUGUAUGUGCUCACUCAAGCAAUCAUGUUUUUGUUAAUACAUCCAAUCGGUCAGAGUUGACUUUUUUUUGGCAGGUCACCUAUGAUGUCACUGACCAAGAGAGCUUCAACAACGUCAAGCAAUGGCUCAAUGAAAUCGACCGUUACGCUAGUGAGAAUGUGAACAAGCUACUCGUUGGGAACAAAAACGAUCUCACUUCACAGAAGGUUGUAUCCACUGAGACAGCUCAGGCUUUUGCAGAUGAACUUGGGAUCCCUUUCUUGGAAACAAGUGCUAAAAAUGCAACCAAUGUUGAAGAAGCUUUCAUGGCCAUGACUGCUGCUAUUAAGACCAGAAUGGCUAGCCAACCAUCUGGAGGUGCCAAACCACCGACGGUCCAGAUUCGCGGACAGCCGGUGAACCAGCAAUCAGGCUGUUGCUCAUCUUGAUUCCAUUAGUCUCAAAGGUCCUUUUUGGAUCAUUACACCAUUAUAAUCAUUUGUUUCCAUUGCAUUGUGACUUUUCCAGUUGUGACAACUCAGUUGAAUCCUUUUUUUCUUCCUUCAUUUUAUAGCUUUGCUAUUCUUUGUCCGAUGUAUUUCGAAGUUUAAAACUCAUAAAUUCUAUAGUAAUCCUAAUUUCUCCGA